GUAAGAUUGCCGGAAGUGAACGGGUUGCUAAUGCUAAUCAAAUUUUGGAGAAUUUUCAGCUGCAUUUUCUGCUCGUAGCAUCCUUUGUCACAAUUGAAAUUGAUUAAAUUAAAUCUCCAGGUUCUAUGAUGGAGGGUGCCAAUACAGACGAUGAAGGUUUUACAGACGGAGACAGUCCUGAGGAUGUUCCCAUGGAGAAUGUCCCUGAUACUGCAGAGGAUGAUGUAUUAAAUGACAAAAGUGCUUCAGUAUACUAUACAGUACAGAAUACUACAGAAGGAACAAAUUAUAGCAAACAGGAAGUGGAACAAAUGAUGAAAAUUGACUCAUACCAGAGAAAGAUAGACACUUGUCAUUUAUGUGGUGAGUGUUGGUAUGACACUAAAUGUUCUGCAGCGUGUAGAGAAUGUGAAGGCUUUCCUAUGACUAGACCUUGUCCUGUAUGUAAUGGACAGUGCAAUGAAACAUGGACCAGAAAUGUUAAAUUAUCUCAUUCAUAUCACGAGGCUCACUGGGAGGGAACAUGUAAACUCCCCCCUGAGAUGCAGCAGGCAUUUAUGAUACGUAAAUUCAUGGACUCAUCAGAAGAGACAUUAACAGAAAGCAUGCAAGAUUUGUCAACUACAUGAUUAUUAUAUAUCAUUAUUUUGUUGUCCAAGGGCUUUCUAUUCAUCUAUCGCUGAGAUAAUCAGUUUGUCAACCUUCAUGGCCGCAGAAAACAUAUUGGAAAUUUCAUCGCCUCAGAAAACAUUUUGGGAAUUUCAUCGCUCAGAAAAUUUACCAGCAUAUAUUGCAAUGCUUGAUUGUAAGCUUAGAAAGGGAUUAUUGAUGGUCAAAGCUGAUGCAAAUGUAUUUAAAUUGAACAUUUAUCAAUAACAUAUACCGUUUUUGUACAUACAUAUACAUGGCAUGGGUAUGAGUUUUUCAAUCUUAAGAUUUGUAUUUAUCAGCAUUCACUAUAUUCAUGGCUGAGAUUAACAUUUUGCUUAGCUUACUUAUUGCAGUAUAGUUGUUGCAAUUAUUAUUUUUGUUAUCAUACAUGAAAUACAAAUAUUAAGUGUUUAGGGUGAGGUACUAGCUAGAUGAUCAUUGUUUAUCAUUAAAAAAAUAACUGGGGCAUUCAUCCCUACAAGGGUGUGUUAAAUAACCAUGACUACCCAUGAGGGUCUGGCACCGUUGGAAUUCAUCUAAAAAAACAUAAUUCUGAAACAUCAUUGUAUAAGUUAACAUGCAUAACUGACACAGUUGAUCUGGAUAAAUGCAUUAAUAUAUUGUAUGUGGUCAAUCCUAAAUUGUAUGCCCUCUUUACAAAAAACAAAUCACGUCAGUUUUUACACAACUCUCAAAAAUACCAUUGUAAGCUACUUUGGAAUGCCAGGGUUCUAAUAAAUUUCAUAUAAAACUUUUAUACAAGGUUAGAAAUACCAUUGCAAUUUCAACAUAACUAGGUAGUCUCAACAUAGUCAUCAUUGACCUGUAACCUUGGGGUCUAUGACCUUGGGUAACAACAUAGUCAUCAUUGACCUGUAACCUUGGGGUCUAUGACCUUGGGUAACAACAUAGUCAUCAUUGACCUGUAACCUUGGGGUCUAUGACCUUGGGUAACAUGCAUAUCACUGUAAUCAUUUAAUCAUAAGAUAUAGUGUUAUUGUAACUGUUUAAAAU